CCUCGUUCGGCGCCCGCCACACCCUUCUCCCCUGCUCCCGGCAUCUUUCGGCGGAGCCCGGCAGGAACGCGGCACCCGGAGCCGUCUCCCCCUCCCGGGGGAAAGCUGUGACGCCCCCCCCCGCAGGAGCGGCGGGCGGGGUGGCGGUAGGGGUGGGGGCCCGGGAGAAGAUGGCGACGCCGGGAAGCGAACCCCAACCUUUCGCCCCUUCCCUCUCGGUGUCUACUCUGCCCCCACACCAUCACGCCCACCACCACCAUCAGCACCACGGAGGAACCGGAGCCAACGGCGGGGUUGGGGGAGGCGGCGGCGGCGGCAGCGGCGGGGGCUUCAACCUGCCCUUGACCCGGGGGCUGGAACGCGCGCUGGAGGAAGCAGCCAACUCCGGGGGGUUGAACCUCAGCGCCCGGAAAUUGAAGGAAUUUCCCAGGACCGCGGCCCCCGGGCACGAUCUCUCGGACACGGUGCAAGCAGAUUUGUCUAAGAACCGGCUGGUUGAAGUGCCGAUGGAGCUGUGCCAUUUCGUGUCCCUGGAAGUGCUUAACCUGCAUCACAACUGCAUCCGGGUCAUCCCCGAGGCCAUCGUGAACCUGCAGAUGCUGACCUACUUAAACUUGAGCCGGAACCAGCUGUCCGCCCUGCCCGCCUGCCUGUGCGCCCUGCCUCUCCGAGUCCUGAUCGCCAGCAACAACAAGCUGGGCUCGCUGCCGGAGGAGAUAGGUCAACUCAAACAGUUAAUGGAGCUGGACGUCAGCUGCAACGAGAUCACCGCCCUGCCGCAGCAGAUCGGGCAGCUGAAGUCUCUGCGGGAGCUCAACGUCCGAAGGAACUACCUGGAGGCGUUACCACAAGAACUAGUAGAUCUCCCCUUGGUCAAGUUUGACUUUUCCUGCAAUAAAGUGCUGGGGAUCCCUGUUUGCUUCAGAGAGAUGAAGCAGCUGCAAGUCCUGCUCCUGGAAAACAACCCCUUGCAGUCCCCGCCAGCACAGAUUUGCACAAAGGGCAAAGUGCACAUAUUCAAGUACCUGAGCAUCCAGGCCUGCCAGAUGAAGACGGCCGACUCCCUGUACCUGCACACGAUGGACAGGCCGCAGUCCCAGCAGCACGUGGAAGACAGCAAGAAGGAUUCCGACUCGGGCGUUGGGAGCGAUAACGGGGACAAGCGAUUAUCGGCCACGGAGCCAUCGGACGAGGACGCGGUCAGCCUCAGCGUCCCCAUGUCCCACAUCAAGGAGGAAGAGCAGGCCGCCAAGGAGGACCCGUGCCGCCGCCUGAGUCCAGCGAAAGGGGACUUCCGUCCGGAGUUCCCACCCGAGACGUCCCUGGCGGGCGACAGCAGCAGCUCAGGAGAAGCAGGGGACCAGCUUACCUGUGGCACAGAUGUUCUCCGCCCGGAAUUCGUAAACUACAUGAAGGGCAGGGCGGUCCACUACGAGGAGCCGCUGCGGAUAGAAGAGGACUCGCCCUGGCCGUCCGAGGGGAUGACGCAUCCGGCCGAGGAAGACCCGGACGCGGACACGGCCACGGCGGAGCCGCCGAGAGACGCAGCCUCGCCGCCAGACCCCGACAGAUUGAGCAUGGAGACUGCAGAGAGAAGUGACAUGAACUUUUACCCCAACGAAUCCGCGGGAGCCAUAGAAUUGCAGGAUUCUGCACUCAACGGUGACAUGCAGCUGGAGACCUCUCCGGGGUGUGAGGUGCAAGAUGAGCUGGCGUCUCAGAGUAACGGGAGCGACUAUUCUCCAAACGAGAUGAGAGAUACCUUUGCCACAGUCUCUCCCGCCGCCCACAGUGCAACCCCGUUUGGCCUGAAGCCGCGAUCAGGCCUCACUCUCCCUAUCUCCUUCAACAAACUCACGCAGGCACAGACGUGGGACCGCUCUAGCUACAGCGUUCCACCUGCAGGGGACAGUGACAAUGUGUUUAUGAGACCUCAGAGGAAUUUGGAGUCUAUAGACCCACAGUUUACAAUUCGGAGGAAGAUGGAGCAAAUGCGAGAAGAAAAGGAACUGGUGGAACAACUCCGUGAGAGCAUCGAGAUGAGACUCAAGGUCAGCCUGCACGAGGACCUGGGGGCCGCGCUCCUGGACGGCGUCGUCCUCUGCCACCUGGUCAACCACAUCCGCCCGCGAUCCGUCGCCAGCAUCCACGUGCCCUCCCCAGCGGUGCCAAAGCUCAGCAUGGCCAAAUGCAGAAGAAACGUGGAAAACUUUUUGGAAGCAUGCCGAAAACUAGGAGUGCCAGAGGCCGACCUCUGCUCUCCGGGUGACGUCCUGCGCUUGGACUUGCGCCACGUUCGAAAGACCGUUGACACCCUGCUGGCCCUCGGGGAGACACCCCCACCACCAACUCCUGCCCUCCGCGCCAGGGACCUUCUGAGCCUCUUUCUUGUCCAUCUGCUCUGUGUGGCGCUGAUCUAUGUCACCUACCGCUGCAGCGCCCUGUCCGCGUAGCGUCCUGCGCGCCCCGCCCUCCCUCUGGCCCCGCCCCCCCCGCGCCUGCGCCUUGGCCCCGCAAGCUCCGGUCCCUGCCAGCCCUGCAGUAGCCAGCCCCGGGUGGGAGCCGGACGUUCACAAACCCGGCUUCCCAAAAGCACAAGCCCGAUAGGGUGCUGCCCCCAUUAGGUAGCUCACUGGAAAACGAGGACGACAGAGCGUGUUCCUACCUCACGCUUCCUCAUCCCCGCGGUGCCGGGGGUCCCUCCUGUCCCGCCCGGUGGGACCCACUGCCAGGGUGGCGUGCAAGAAGCUUCCAGAGCAGGAGCAUGGGGGGUAUGAAAAUCGUUCCUCUGCGGUGUUUUAAGUCGAAUCCAGCCUAAUUUGGGACUGGGCAAUUGAGCUGCAGAGGGGACCCCUUGCCGCUUGCAGGGGAGACAAAAACCCAGCAUUUCGGCCCAAUUUGGUCCAUACAAAUCUUGAGUAAAAGCACAGUUGACCAAGUUGAAAAACCCCAUGGGAGGACGACUGAUUUGCUGGCCAUUCAGUGGGAUUCCUGCCUGUUUCCCCCAGUGGCACCCAGGGAGGGGUGCCGCCCACCUCUGCCCUCAGCCAGCCGGGUGCCCCACUGCUGGAGACAAAGGUGCCCGCCUGCCCGGCAGAAGGGAUGCCAGGCAAGGGAGAGGCCGUCUCUGUUAGGGCGCCCCCUGGAGGAUUUGCUUGCACACCGGGUCCCAUCUGUCUUUGCUGCUUACUCCUUGCUGGCCUCUGCAGGCUCUUGGAACAGUGCUUUCCAGAAGAGAGGUCUAUUUUUAAACACUGUAAUAGGUCCUUUUGGCGUUUGCUACGCCGCAUCAGCACAGCAGGUCCAGAAUAGGAGGGAUCGGACUGUGUGUGUUUUCAAAUAAAGCCGUGAAUCACGGAGCAUUCUUGGUCCCGGGGCCUGAGCUGUGGUGGCAGGGGCUAAUAAUAAGAUUGCUCUUAUUUGGAAGUACAAUAUCUCUAGCGAAUUGAAAUUCCUAUUUAACCUUCGUUAGCAGGCUGCUUUUAUUUUUAAGUGAGCUUAAAGGAUUAUAUAUUAAUGACCAGUAUAUCUGCUGCAGGGCCGUCUGAGCAGCCUGUAAUUAGAAGAUAAAACCAAUAGAAUAUUAGCUAAGCCAAGAUAUUCCUGGUUCUGGGGUGUCUUUUUCUAAUACGAGAAGGCCCCGCCCCAAGGUUAACAUAGGCUCCCCUAUUUUUCAGUCUGCAUCUGCUGCUGAAUAGUGUUUAUUAAGCGGGGGAGCUGAUGGAGUUAACUCCCUCAAGAUAGAUUCCUAGCUUACUGAGAUGCCAGGGGCCUCCCCAGAUGGCUACGAUAAUGAUGAUUUUACUUUCAUGAACAUGACCUUGAAUCCAGGAGAGUGUAUUUACAAAGAUUCUUUGUUGCUAGGUCAGCUGAGAGCUUCUCACAGGAGGCACUCUUCGCGUGAUGAUGUCUCGAGUUCACUGAGCCUAUUCCUUCCGAUUCUGUGUCGGUGGGUGGAAUGCAGGGUUUGUGGAAGUGCCCGAGGGCGCCCGGGUCGUGUGUGAAUGUGUACUGAGCUGCCCUCGGUGCUCUCUUGUUCUCUUCCGUCUGUAACGAAAUAAAGUCCCUUUGUGCCA